UUAUUUUCUGAAACCCGGACCGCGCUUUACUGCAAAGACACUGCCUUCCUUCUCGUGUUAUUUGGAUUACUCCUCGCUUUUUAGAUUUUAGAUGAAGAUUGCAAUAUUUUCGAAAAUUCACAACGAUUGGAGGCUGAGGUGACUUGCAACGUGGAGGUAGCAAAACUUGGGUAGGGUUGUCUAUCCAGCAAAAGCUGGAAAGAUACAUAUUAGUAUUAAAGUACCUUUACUGUUAGCAUGAGUGUAAAGUAGUAGGUUUGCAGCGUAAGUAUAGGAUGUUUAGUCUAUAAUUGAAUGCUGCCCUUUAAGUUGCUUUGUAGUCGAUAGUCUUCCACGAGAUCUAGCUAUACGGGGAAAUGGUAGCUAACUUUAUCUAUGAUCGGAAAAGUAGCUCAUUUAGAUUUAACUUCUGGUUUUUAAACUAGCGCUGUUUAUUCCACACAGGUGUAUCGAUCUGUUUCUUUUUACCACUGAAAUUACUAUACUCUAUUUUCAGUGUUUUGGUCAGGUGCUGUCCGCAAAGCUUUUGAAUCUUUUACCAUAGAACUGCGCGAGCAGGACCUAUUUCGAGUGCUGCGGAUGGAAUAAAGCACAAAUAUUUUAUGUAACCAGAAAAUGAACAGAACUUAAUUUGAGUUGACCCUGUUGCCAAACUAACGUAGUUUAAAUGGACAUCAAAGUUAAGCCUGAGGGGGAUGAGAGGGAUAGGCCAGUAUCUCCCCAAGAAAUGUUUGGAUUUCAAGAAACAAAGUCACAACAGACAUGUAGUGUUUGGACAAACAAUAGCGGAAUUGCAGAUCUGGAGAUUAAAACAGAAUCGAUGGGCCGGACUCUUUCUGGUGCUCAAGAUGAAGGAAUUACAGAUUAUGAAUUCAAACCAAGUCCUAGUUUUGUUUCUCAGGCCAUCGGUGUAAAGACAGAAAUUCUGAAUACAAGCGUUGAAGGUGAAAUGCAUAUUGUCCAUACAGAGCAAAAUGAAUCCAGCACCACAGAUCAAAUUAACCCAAAUGCACAUGCAGUAGACUUCAAUCCAAUGAGUAAAAUCAUAAGGGGGCAUUUUUAUGUAAAUGCCUCAAAACGAAGACACUGUGAGAAUUGUGAUAAAGUUGGUGUUGAUUUUGAUGUUGGAUCUGGAGCAAAACAGCAACUUGACUUAAAGCUACUCACUAAUGCUGUGAUGAUUGAGAUCUCAAAUGUAGCCAAAGACAUUUCUAGCGUGCAGUAUGUCAUCUCUGAUAUUCUGGAAUACAACUUUGGUCUUUGUAUUCAAGACAACCAACACAGUGAAUUCUCAAAUAAGACGUACCAAAAAGUAAAAUACUUGAUGAAUAUGACCAAGUCCAAACAACAAAACCCUGAAUUCUUAAAGCAAUAUUUUGAGCUUCCUAUGAUUAUGAAAUCAUCAACAACAUUCCGCUCACCUUCAAAGCAUUCACAUGAAAUUGUUUCUGCUAACCAAAUAUUGAAUAAGGAUGUAGAAAUAAAUGAGUUAGUUACAGAGGAGGAGAAUUGUGUCCCUAUGGCCUCUGAGGAGGUUGUGUCAGUUGAAUGUGUAAAAGCUCAACAGCACAUUUCUCUAAUGAACUUUAACCACUAUCAUGUUAAAGAGACCAUGUAUAAUGAAACCGAUGUACCACAGAAUGCUUUUCACACAGCAAAACCUGGCCUCAAGGAUGGAUCUACAGACAUUCUUAUGCAGAAAAAACCUGAUAUGGACCUCAUUUCUUCUCAUCAUGUGAAGAUGGAGACCAUUUAUACUGACACAAAUGUAUCAUGGUCUGAUGAGGAAGCAGAUCAAAAACCUCUAAGGGACCGCUCUUUUAUGACACCUGUACCUGAAGAUGGAACAAAAUACAUCUAUCCCCUCUGCAAGAAAAUUGGUUUAGACCUUGAUGCAAACUUAAAUGUUAAGAUGAAAGAAAAACUUGAUAUAAGUUUAUUGACCAAAGGUACAAUGAUUGAAGUGGGCCUUUUUGCCAAAAAACUGUGUGGAACUUACAGGCAGAUUCUUACUGAGCUUUUAGAGUGCAAUUUUGACAUUGAUUUUCAAAAUCAUAAAGAUCUUAUUCAAAAUGUAGUCGUCAGCUUAAGAUUACUUGAAAAGAAAAUAAGGCCAAAUUUGAAAGGCCUGUCAAUGGAAGAAAGACUUGAAUUGUUAUGGGAAACUUUCACAAUUAGGCCUCCAACAAAAAGGAAACAUAGUGUGUCAGUUGUGUCAAAAGAGCAAAACCUGGAUUUAUUCAAGAAAAGAGAUGAAAAGCAAACUUCAGGGAAAGUAACUUUAAUGAGGAAGGUUGAGGCAGACUCAUUUAAAAGAGUAGGACAAACUCUUCAGUGUUUUAAGACCAGGAGGGACAUUCCUGAGAAGGAUGCAACACAAUUUUCAGAUAAAAAUGCAGUAUUCAGCAAUGAAAAUAGAUCUACUGAACUUUGCAUAAAACAAGAGCCAAAUCUGGACUUAGUAUUUCAUCAGGAUGUUAACAUGGAGCCUGAUGUAACACUUUUUGAUUCUGAAGCAGUACAAAAAGGUAUUGGGGACCAAUCCUUAAUGUGCUCCACAACAGAGAAAACCACGAAAGACCUCUACCCCCUCUGUUAUAAAAUAGGCCUUGAACUUGAUGUGAAAUCCUUGCUGGCCCGCACCGUGAAACUGGACCCAUGCUUUUUAACCAAGGGUGUAAUGUAUGAGGUUCAUACGUUUGUACAAAUGUAUAAGCGAUUUUAUACACCAUCUCUAUAUGAUAUUUUAGAAUACAACUUUGAUUUCCCUUUCCAACACCAGAAUUCAUCACAACUGUCUAAAUAUAUUGCAAGUAAAGUAAAACGUUUUGCCGAAAAAUACGAACGUGGCCCUGUUCAUUAUAUACGGGAAAAUGUAUCCCAAAAACUGUUUAAAAUUGAUGUGAUGAAAUGCAAAAUAAAAAAUACUGCUGCUCAAAGUGUUUCUGACCCCCCCAAAAAAAAGCAUGAUCUGAAGAUGGCCAAUGAAAUCUUGCAAUUCUCAGUAAAUAAUUCAAAAAGUACAGAAUUUGGACAGCUCUUUGCAGAAGGAAAGUUUAAUGACAUAUACCCCAACUGCAUGAAAGUGGGUGUACAUUUCAAUGUUGGAUCUGGAACAAAGAAGAAACUUGACAUAGAUCUACUGACCAAUGGUGUAAUGAUUGAGGUUUCACAUUUUGCCAAAGAAAUGAAUAGAUCUCACGCUCUUGUCAUUUCUGAUAUUCUAGAAUACAACUUUGAUCUUGGUUUGCAUAAAACUCAACAGUAUGAAUUUGCUUCUCGGAUCAUGGCGAAAGUAAAGUACUUUAAGGGAAAGUCUAAACAGCAAAAACCUCACUUGAUGGCAAAAGUAUUUGGUCUACCUGAUCCAAGGUCAAUUCCAAUGUCAAAAACAUGUGAAGAACUCAAGAGUUUAAAUGACCUGGUGUCCUUUACUCUACAAUUUAAAAAAGAUGUAGAAUCGCAGCAAUUGGUUAUGAUGCAAGAGGAACAAUGUGUCCCUGUAAUGCCUUUUGAGGAAAACGCAUUGGUUGGGUAUGAAAAGGCUGAACAGGACAACAGAGUCUCUCUAAUGGACCAUGAGAAAGAGACCAUCUCCAAUGAAACUUCUGGAUCAAAGCGUACAACACCUGGCCUCAGGAAUGGACCUACUGAUAUCUGUGUGAAGUACCAACCUAAUAUGGACCUAAUUUCUCCUGAGCAUGUGAAGAUGGAGACUGUUUCUUUUGGCCCAAAUGUAUCAUGGUCUGAGGUAGGACACAACCUUAAAAGGGACCAAUCUUUAAUGUCAACCAGAACAAAACAUGCCACCAAUAACCUCUACCCCCUCUGUCAGAAAAUAGACUUAGACCUUAAUGUGAAACCAGAACCUGCAGUAAAAGAUAAACUAGACUUGCAUUGCUUGACCCGAGGUGUAAUGCUCGAAUUGACACGUUUUGCUUCCGAAAUGUGUGGGACUUACAGACAGAUUGUUCGUGCUGUUCUUGAGUACAAUUUUGAUCUGGAUUUCCAAAAUGAUUUGGAUCUGAUGGAUGAUAUUAUCCAUAACAUAAUAAACGUAGAAAGGAAAAUGUCAACCCGUCAGUGGCAAUCAAAAGGGGUGGAAUUGAGAAGUGAAUUGCUAGAUGCAAAAUUCUCCAUGGCGCCCCCAUGGAAACGUUGUGGGACUGCAAAUGUAUCCAAACAACCUGUGGAUUACAGGAGAAUGAAGAAAAAAUUAGAAACUUUCACUUCCCAAAAAAUUGCUCAGACUAAAAAGACAAAGAGCGUCUUAACUAAGACGGAUGCAACACAGUUUGCUAAUGACACCGCAGUACUCUGUCAUGAGGACCGAUCUGCUGAGAUAAAGGAAGAGUUUGAGGGUCAGUCUGAGGUCAUGGAGAAAGCUUUCCACUCGAAGAACAAACAGGUAAACAUUUGUGGCAAAUACAUCUUUGAAAUAUUAAUGUGCAGGGACACAGAUCAAAGUAAACUGAUGACUUCCAACCUAAAAAGCUGUUUUGAUCAGAAUAAUUUCAAACAAAUCCUAGCUAAAUACAGAUCAGAUGUCCUACCACUUACAGUUAGUAAACAUGGUGACUUUUCCCACACUGAAAAGAGAAUGGUGUCCCUUGUUAGUCAACUCUUAUGUGGCUUACAUUUGAUUGAAGGUUUAGCUCAUCAGGCAGAAACAACCAUUCUUCUGUGGGAGAGGAUGAUUUUAGGAGACAAAGUAAGACUCCAUGCCUCUCAAAACACUGGAACAACAGAUUUGGAGUCCAGAACAGUGUGUCAAGUGAAAUCAGUACAUGAUGCUGUCCAGCAAGGAUGGGAAAGGGACAAAAACCUGCCUGCGUUCAGAAACUUUCUGAUCAGCAAAGGAGAAUUGGACGAAGUGCCUUUAUGUCCGUACUCUGAAAGCAGAAUUGAUGGUGUGUUUCAUAGUGCAGCCGGGGUAUAUUGCAUCUACAGUGACAUCAGCGAGUUCUGCAGGGACCAUGAAGAUGACAGUAGUGUCCUUGCAGCAGUUGCUGUUGAUAUGGAGGUUCAACCAUUUAAAGCAGGAUGUAGAGCUCUGGGUCUGAUUUCAAAGCAAAUAAUUGAUCCUCUUUUAAAGGCCUUGACUUCGGAGGAAAAGGUGUUGGACAUGAAAGUGAGAUACCAAACCCUCGUUACAAAGAUCAAAGAAUGGCAAGAAGAUGGAAGAAACCUAGUUGAAGGAAACGUAUGCUUGUUUGAUGACAUUGAAGUGUCCAAGGACCUUGUGUUUUACAGGCUUACCAUGUGGACAGACCCAGACCUUUUUCAAUUGACCGUUCAGAUUGUUGAGUUACUCCUAGCCAGUUUUCUGAUAGUAUGUUUGAAUGCACUGCCUGUUGACUUGCAGCAGGUGUCAAAGAUGGAUGAUAGAUGCAGAAAGGAUUUGAAAAUGAUAGAACAAUUGCAAAAGGCGAAAGCCAAUUCAAUCAGUAUAGCAGUUGAAGGCAUGGGAAUGUGCAAAACAAAUCACACGUGGGAAUGGCUGUCGUCUUUGGAUGCAUUCAAAAUAGUGUCCGUUUUAAAAGCGCUCAAGAUAGUGUAGGAGAAGAAACAGCUGUUGAGCUUCCAUAUCAUUUUAGGCUAAAUUGCCAUGAACAGAAUUUUGGAACAGUGUCUUCUAAUGGAAAUAUAUUCAUCAGUUCCUACAAGGUUUUUUAGGUUUGCACUGGAAAUAGAACUGCACAGACAUUUAAAUGGCUUUUGUAUAUUUUGGUUACAAUUGACAGAAUGUUAAAAGCAGGUGGCUGAAAUGUUUUGGUCCAUCACCUUAAAACGUUUGUAUUCAGAAUGAUGAUUGAGAACGGCUAAGCAAUCUCUGAACAGUUAUUUAUCAUGUUAUUUAUUGGAGCUAGGAGUAGUACAGUAGUAAACCCCCUUUUUUGUUAUAGUUUCACCUGUAGUGUCAGUGGUGUUGAUUCAUAGAGUUUUAGAUUAAUUUGAAAACAGUUUUCAGUUUGCUGAAUUGUCCUUGCAUUUCCCUUGGCCUCCUGUUCACCUACUUGGUUGAAACCAAAAGACUGAAUACAGCAAGAGUUAUUUUAAAGUGGACUUUUUAUUUUUUUUAUUUAUAAUCAAAAAUUCCUGGAUGUAUUUUUCAUUUUUGUUGUUGCUUUUUUUGGACAAGUUGUUUGUUUGAGAUCUUAGUUAUCGUGUUUUCAUGAAGAACAUUUAUUUUUUAAAUGGCGAUGUCAUUGGCUUUCCAGUGUUUUUUGGACUCUGACAACGGUGAUGCAAAUGUGUGAUUUCCAAAGCAGCAGAGCUGUAUCAUCUGUUCUGUGAAUACAUCCUGGACUGAUCUGCUUCAACCUCAGUGAAAGUUUCAACAAGUGAACCUCAAAUCACAGGUUACUGCAAUUAGAAUAUUGGUGAAGACACCACCUGUGUCAGGAGCAGCAGCUUGACAAGAAAAACUCUUUCUCAGUCAUAAAAGAUUUCCUGUUUACCACACUGGAGGGAUAUGUUGGUUGUCUUUGAACUGCAUGCCAUGGGAGGAUUGACCUGGAUCUUUACCCAGAACAUCCUUCACCAGCCUUUUGACAGUAGAAGUGAAAUCAGAGGAAACAAACCUGCUGGUGAAGAGAAACCGCAUCGUCUUUAAAGCAUUUCAACAUUGUGUUCCCAGAGGCAACUCAUUUGUUUGGGGAUGUAACGCUGUUUUCUUGACUUGACAAACUUCUUGUCAAGUCAAGAAGUAAAUAAACUCAACUCAGAUCUGAGUUGCAUGCAUUCAGCAACGUAACUUGUUGCAAAGUCCAGUGGCAACUCAUGCAGAUCAACCAUACAUCAUGUUGGCGUUAAAGUUUAUUUCUGCAUCUGUCCUAUAACUCUCCCGGGCUGUUAUAAUCAACCUGUGUGUUUUUAAAUGCCAAAAUGAUAGGCGACUACAUUUUCUGUUGUUGCAUUACAACACAGACAUCCUGUAAAUAAUGUUUUGAUUGUAACCGUUGUUAUACUCUUGAUAAUGGUUUUCUGGAGAAUAAUUUACAUAAUUUAUUUUUUAUUCAUAUUAAACUACUAGUCUCGGUCGUUUCCAA